AUGUCCUCCUUACCCAUGACAUCGCAGGACCUGGAUCCAUCUCAGAAUAGAAGAACCUCAGCAUCGACGACGAACGGUAGCUCUAGAGCGGGAAGCAUAGCAGGAUCGUCAACCUUCAGAAGUUCCUACUCUACCAGUGCAUCUCUACCACCUGUUCUCAAAAGGCUCUUCAAAUCACCCAAGAAUUUGGAUUUUGAGACAGCAAUUUGGGAAAUGAUUCAUUUAAUAACACAACCGCGAAAGGCAUUCCGUUCUUUCUAUUAUCAACACCAAACGAAAAAUCAAUGGGCUAGAGACGAUCCCUCUUUCUUUAUCUUACAGGUAUUAUUGCUCUCUAUCGCGUCCAUCGCUUGGUCCAUUGCUUAUGGUGAUACAUUUGGUGGGUUUCUAAAACUACUAUUUAACAUGAUAUUCGUGGAUUUCUUCCUGGUGGGUUUCUUGAUAACAACUGCAUUUUGGAUCAUCUUAAAUAGACCAUUUUUCAAAUUUAAGACAACAUUGGGUUAUAAUAAUGUGGAAUGGGCCUAUUGUUUUGAUGUUCAUUGUAAUGCAUUCUUGAUAAUCUGGGUCCUGUUGUACCUGGUUCAAUUCCUGUUGCUUCCUGUCAUUAAUUUACAUAACUGGAUUGGUUUGAUUGUCGGAAAUUCGUUAUACUGUUUUGCCAUUGGUCAUUAUUUCAUUCUCACAUUUUAUGGAUACACUCAAUUGCCAUUUCUUAAAAAUAUUAAUUUUAUAUUGUUUCCCACUUUAACAAUGACUGUAUUGUACGUUAUAAGUUUGGUUGGGAUCGAUUUGUCUGCAUGGUUAAGUUUCUAUAAUUACUCGAAAUGA